UGCGUGAGAACAGCGAGGAUAUCUUAACUGGACAUGUGAGUUAUACGGGAGUUAACAAGACAAGACUUCUUUUGGAUCAAAGAUGAAGUUCCAGGUGUGCGUCUUAGUCACUUUGUUGGUGAUCCGCUGGAGUGCAGCGCAGUCAGUCUGCCCUGGUACAGAGAACAAGCUGAGCAGCCUGUCUGACCUGGACCAGCAGUACCGCACCCUGAGAAAGCUCUAUGAGAACUGCGAAGUGGUCAUGGGCAAUUUGGAGAUCACAAGCAUUGAUCGAAACCGCAAUCUCUCAUUCCUAAAGUCCAUACGAGAAGUGACCGGCUAUGUCCUGGUUGCACUGAAUCAAUUCGAGUACCUGCCCCUGGAGAACCUGCGGAUAAUCCGAGGCACCAAACUGUACGAGGGGCGCUAUGCUCUGGCCAUCUUCCUCAACUACAGGCGGGACGGCUUCUAUGGCCUGAGGCAGCUGGGUUUACGCAACCUCACAGGUAAGAUAGACGUCAACCCAAAAUAUUUACUUUUUUCUUUGUUCCUACACAGAAAAAUCUAGAAAAGUAUGCAACGUGUUUUCAGAAAUUAUGAUUUCCAGACUUUAUUUCAAAUUCUAUUGCCUAAAUGCUGAAUCCUUCCUUCCAUCAUUCCUCCUU